AUGAACGCCGAGGGAGUGACGGUCACCGAACGUGACAUAUUAAUAAAGUUACUAGAACUUUAUAAAGACUUUCCCUGUUUGUGGGACUUAAGUCACAAAGAUUACGCCAAUAGAGAUGCCAGAAAUCAAGCGUAUUUGAUAAUGCUGAACGUUUUUAAAAAAAAUGACAGUGCAGCUACUUUGAAAACGUUGAAAACUAAGUUGGACAAUAUGCGUACAUCCUAUAAGAGGGAGCGAAAAAAGGUGGAAGCUAGCAAGACUAGUGGUGCUGGAAACGAUGAAGUGCAUUUGCCAUCACUAUGGUACUACGAACAUCUCUCAUUCUUGGACGAAAAAACCACACCGACGACAGAGGUUAUUGACAAUAUGGAUACGAAUUCUUCCCUGUCAAAUAAUGAUGGGGAACCUGCAACAAAAAGAGAACGCGUUACGAGAAAAAAGCAAAAUGAUAUUUUAAAGAAACAGUCGGAAUUACUAGAGUCUGCAAAAAUAUUAAUAUCAGGCGACGGCACAUCAGCUGAUGCUUUUGGGAACUCCGUGAGCUCUCAACUCAAGGAGCUCCCAAAAAUACAAAGAUGCCUAGCCGAAAAAUUAAUAGGCGAAGUAUUGUUCUAUGCAAAACUAGAAAUCCUUACUUUUGAAACAUCAAUAAAUGUAAAAAGAAGUUCAGAACAAUCUUUUGGUCAGCGGUAUGCGUAUCAGCAGCAGGUGCCAAAACCAUCACUAGCACCAUCAUCACAGCAUCACCAGCCAUCACCAUAUGUACCAUCACCAACACCAUCACCAUCAUCACAGCAUCACCAGCCAUCACCAUAUGUACCAUCACCAACACCAUCACCAUCACCACAGCAUCACCAGCCGUCACCAUAUGCACCAUCACCAACACCAUCACCACAGCAUCGUCAGCCAUCACCAUAUCAAUCGUCACCAUCACCAUCACCACAGCAUCGUCAGCCAUCACCAUAUCAAUCGUCACCAUCACCAUCACCACAGCAUUACCAGCCGUCACCAUAUGCACCAUCACCAACACCAUCACCACAGCAUCGUCAGCCAUCACCAUCACCUAAGUACUCACAUACAGCACAAUCUCAACCGUCACUUCAACACAGUCAGCCAUCACCAUCAACAUUACCUCAGCUUCCACCAUCAUCACACUCGUACCAACACAUAGUGUCCCCUCAGCUUACAUCGGAUGACUCAUCUUCACAACUAAUCUAUGAUUUGCCACCAAUCCCAUUAGAUUCCACUUCAUUGAUUAAUGACUACCCAAACACUUCUUUUGAAUUAAGCAGCAAUCAACAACAAGUAUUCAGAGGAAAGGCGAAGGAAUUAAACAAAUAUUUGAUUUUUAAAAAGUAA